AUUUUCCUCUGACGAUGAUGCACGCUGUCCCUGGCGCUGCCGCGAGUGGCGAUCUCGUCCUGCGAUCGAACUGUGAGAGAUGUGGAGCUCCCGGCGCUUCCAAUGAGCUCUUCGCGGCGUCGUGCCGGCAUAUGACCCUAUGUAUGGCUUGCGGGAAAUCCAUGGCCGAGGCGAAAGCGUCGUGCGGCCUGUGCGGUGCUACCGUCACUACACUGAUCAAGGAGUACAAGGUGAAGCGAGCGCCCAACCCAAAGCAGUGCUUUCUAGGACGAUUUUCCCAGGGCUUGCCUCUGUUCUCGACGAAGAAUAACCUCCACUGGACCAUGAGGAAGGAUAUUCCCAGGCCGACUGACCCAGCCAGAGAGAAGUUUAAGAUCACUGCUGAGAAGCUCAAGUCCAAGCCAUGGAUUUUGGAGGACGACACUGGUGCGUACCAGUUCCAGGGCCAGCUUGAAGGCGGCCAACAAGCGACCUACUACAUUCUCAUGAAGAGUGGGAGGGACUUUCAUGCGUUCCCAGCGGGUUCAUGGUUUAAUUUUCACAAACUCGUCCAGUACAAACAACUUACGCUCGAGGAAGCCGAGGAGCAGAUGAAGAACCGUCGCAAGACCGCGGACGGAUAUCAGAGGUGGAUCAUGAAGGCGGCAAAUGGUGCGGCGGCGUUUGGCGAAGUUGAAAAGACUGGAAGGCAGCGGAAGGAAGAUGAUGACGAUAAGAAGAAAGGAACUAAAGUUGCCGAGGACGAUGAUCUCGCCAAGCCCGAAGAUUUUGAUCCGGAAGACGAAGUUGACAGAGGUGACGACUGGGAGCACGAGGAAACUUUCACGGAUGAUGACGAAGCCGUUGGUAAUGACCCCGAGGAGAGAGAUGAGCAACCAGAUGUUCCUGCUCCACCGGAAAUCAAACAGGAAGAGGAUGAGAUAGAAGCUGAGGAAGGAGGACAGCCUCAGCAGGGUGAAAACGCCCUGAGUCAGUCUGGACGUGACAUGAAGAAGCUGCUUGGCAAGUCGGGGGGCCUUGAAGAAUCGGAGGACGACGACGAUGAGGAGGACGAGGAUAUGGAUCUGGACAACGAGAACAUCAGCUCUCCAGUCCUGGCUCCGAAACACAAGGACGAAGCGGGCGACGCUACUCCAACGAAGUCUGCUAAUGCGCGUCCUCCUGGAGGCCCUUCUGCUGCUUCAAAGAACAAGCGAAAGGUGGAUGACGGAAAGACUGCCGCAGCAUCCAAAAAGUCCAAGACAGAGACGAAGAAGGAGGUGCCAGCAGUAAAGAAGGAAAGCCCCUCUACAGUAAAGAAAGACGCUCCCAAGAAGGAAGCAGCAAAACCAGCCGCGGGAGCUUCUACUUCGUCCGCUAGCUCAGCUCUCGAGGAAGAAGUGAAAGCAGUGCUCAAGGACUCGGGUCCGAUGAAGAGCCAGGAUCUCGUGGCCAGGUUCCGGAGCAGGCUAAAGAACAAAGAGGAGAAGAACGCGUUCGCCAUGGUGCUCAAAAAGAUAUCUCGCAUCCAGAAAAGAGAUGGAGCAAGCUAUAUCGUGCUCAACAAGGAGGAGCGCUAAAAGUUUUGGCUUGCUCGCUCGCUGGGAGUAAAACUCUGUCCGUAUGGCGCUACAGCCAUUGACAAUGUACGGCAGAGCUAUUGUAAAGUUCCGUUUGUAACUAUUUUAACACGAUAAAAGAUAAUUUAC